AUGGGAUUCGAUCGUGUCGCCACUUGCUGUACGAACUCUGCUAAUGUAUUAUUAAUCACAGACGGACGCAAAGAGCGCGUGCAAUUCGACAAGAUCACGGCCCGUGUAUCAAGGCUUUGUUACGGCCUUGAUCCUGAGCAUGUCGAUGCUGCUGCUAUCACUCAGAAGGUCAUCUCUGGUGUCUACCAAGGUGUCACCACGGUGGAACUUGACAACCUGGCUGCUGAGACUGCGGCGUACAUGACCGUCACUCAUCCAGACUAUGCUAUCCUCGCCGCUCGUAUCGCGGUUUCAAACCUCCACAAGCAAACUAAGAAACAAUUCUCCCUCGUCAUCUCAGAUCUCUACCACUACGUCAACCCAAAGAAUAAAAAGCCCGCACCCAUGAUAUCAAAAGAAACAUACGAGAUUGUUAUGAAACAUGCAGAAGAGCUUAACUCUGCCAUUGUGUACGACCGCGACUUCAACUACAACUUCUUCGGCUUCAAGACUCUUGAAAGGUCAUAUCUCCUGCGACUUGAUGGAAAGAUUGCCGAACGCCCUCAGCAUUUGCUGAUGCGUGUCGCUGUUGGAAUCCACGGCAACGAUAUUGAGCGGGCUAUCGAGACCUACAAUCUCAUGUCCCAGAAAUACUUCACACAUGCGUCUCCGACUCUGUUCAAUGCAGGCACCCCCCAACCUCAGCUGGCCUCUUGCUUCUUGGUCGAUAUGAAGGAGGACAGCAUUGACGGUAUCUACGACACUCUGAAAACAUGUGCCAUGAUUUCCAAGACUGCUGGUGGCAUUGGAUUAAAUGUUCACCGCAUUCGUGCCACUGGCUCUUACAUUGCCGGUACCAAUGGAUCUUCCAACGGUAUCGUUCCUAUGCUCCGUGUGUUCAAUAACACCGCUAGGUACGUCGACCAGGGAGGAAACAAGCGUCCGGGUGCCUUUGCCAUCUACUUGGAGCCUUGGCACGCUGAUGUCUUUGAGUUCCUGGACCUUCGCAAGAACCACGGAAAGGAGGAAGUGCGAGCUCGUGACCUAUUUUAUGCUCUCUGGACUCCAGAUCUGUUUAUGAAGCGAGUUGAGGCGAAUGGUGACUGGACUCUCUUCUGUCCCAACGAGGCUCCCGGUCUGGCCGAUGUAUAUGGAGACGAGUUCGACGCUCUCUAUGAACAGUACGAGAAGGAAGGCCGCGGUCGCCGAACUAUCAAGGCUCAGAAACUCUGGUACGCCAUCCUGGAGGCCCAGACUGAGACCGGAAACCCGUUCAUGCUGUACAAGGAUGCCUGCAACAAGAAAAGCAACCAGAAGAACCUGGGAACCAUCCGCAGCUCUAACCUUUGCACUGAAAUCAUUGAGUACACCGCUCCUGAUGAGGUAGCUGUUUGCAACUUGGCCUCCCUUGCCCUCCCUACCUUCGUCGAUGCUUCUCGCGGUGAAUACGACUUUGGCAAACUGCAUGAAGUUGUGCAGGUCUUGGUUCGUAACUUGAACAAGAUCAUCGACAUCAACUACUACCCUGUACCCGAGGCCAAGAAAAGCAACUUCCGCCACCGCCCGAUUGCUCUUGGUGUCAACGGUUUGGCUGAUGCAUUCCUCGCCUUGCGUCUGCCUUUCGAUUCGGCUGAAGCCAAACAGUUGAACAUUCAGAUCUUUGAGACUAUUUACCACGCUGCACUGACGGCUUCUUCGAAUCUUGCUAAGGAGGACGGACCAUAUGAGAGCUACGAAGGCUCUCCUGUUUCCCAAGGUAUCCUGCAGUACGACAUGUGGGAGCGUACUCCUACUGAUCUGUGGGAUUGGGAUGCCCUCAAGGCCAAGAUUGCCCAGACUGGUGUUCGCAACAGUCUACUGGUUGCCCCUAUGCCUACUGCCAGUACCAGUCAAAUCUUGGGCUUCAACGAGUGCUUUGAGCCUUACACUUCGAAUAUCUACUCUCGCCGUGUUCUUGCGGGUGAGUUCCAGGUCGUCAAUCCUUGGCUGCUUAAGGAUCUUGUCGACCUUGGUCUUUGGUCCGACAACAUGAAGAACCGCAUUAUUGCAGAGGGCGGUUCCGUGCAGAACAUCCCCAACAUUCCCGAUGACAUCAAGGCUCUUUACAAGACGGUGUGGGAGAUUUCUCAGCGACGAAUCCUGGAAAUGGCUGCGGACCGUGGCGCCUACAUUGAUCAGUCUCAGUCUCUCAACAUUCAUCUUAAGGAACCCACUAUGGGCAAGAUCACCAGUAUGCACUUUGCCGGGUGGAAGAUGGGCUUGAAAACCGGAAUGUACUAUCUCCGCACAAUGGCUGCGUCCGCUCCUAUUCAAUUCACUGUCGACCAGGAGCAACUCAAGGUUGCCGACACCAACGUUGCACGGACUAGCAAGAAGAGGGCUGGUGGCAUCGCAACUACUGCCUACUCGGCCGUGCCCCGCGCUCCCGCUGGCCAGGUGAGCGGCACAAGCCAGAAUGCUACCAACGGUAUUUCCCGCGAGGCCGACAGUAGUGGCGAGGUUGACACCUCGGACGAAGAGAAGAAGGAAGGCGAGCCUAGUGAGGCGGACAUCUACUCACAAAAGGUUCUUCAAUGCAGCAUUGAGAACAAGGAAGCUUGCAUUAUGUGCCAGGGCUGA